AUGUCAGACCUCAAAGCUUCCGUUGUAGAGACCAAGAACGGCUUCCACGUCGAGGGAUACGAGAAGAUCGAAUAUGACUUCACCUUCCUCGAUGGCGUCUUCAACCCUGCCAACAACAAUCUGGCCAAGUGCUACGAGCGCUGGGGCCGUUGCCUAGCUGUCAUGGACUUGAACAUCUACAACGUCUACGGCGAUGAGAUGCAAAAGUACUUCGACCACUACAACCUGCCCUUGACGAUCCACAAGACCAUGAUUGGCGAGAAGGCCAAGUCUAUGGAGACUCUCCUCAGCAUUGUUGACUCGAUGACCGACUUUGGUAUCAUCCGAAAGGAGCCAGUACUUGUCGUUGGUGGUGGUUUGGUGACUGAUGUUGCUGGAUUUGCUUGCGCCGCCUACCGAAGGAACACCAACUUCAUCCGUAUCCCAACUACCGUCAUUGGCCUGAUCGAUGCCAGCGUCAGUAUCAAGGUCGCUGUCAACUACGGCAACUACAAGAACCGUCUCGGAGCGUACCACGCUCCGAUGCACACAUUCCUCGACUUCUCUUUCUUGAAGACCCUACCAGAGGGUCAAGUACGAAACGGCUUCGCAGAGUUGAUCAAAAUCUCAACCUGUGCCCACAAGCCCACGUUCGACUUGCUGGACAAGUACUGUGAGAAGCUAAUCACUUCUCGAUUCGGCCGUGAGGGUGAUGACAAGGAGGUCCUACAGGCAGCGGAUGAGAUAAACCGCGCUGGCAUUCACGAGAUGUUGAAGCUCGAGACGCCUAACCUCCACGAGAUCGGUCUUGAUCGUGUUAUUGCCUACGGUCACACCUGGAGCCCGCUCCACGAGCUCUCGCCCAAGGUCCCCCUUCGUCACGGCCAUGCCAUCUCUAUCGACAUGGCCUACUCGGCGACAUUGGCGAACCAGCGUGGUCUUCUCAGCGAUGAGGAGCACAGGAGACUGUUGAACCUGUUCUCCAGGGCCGGUCUAUCCAUGGACCACGAGCUGUUCGACGAGGACAUGCUUGACAAAGCCACAAAGGCUAUCCUGAAGACUCGUGACGGUCUGCUCCGUGCUGCCGUGCCCAACCCCAUCGGUACCUGCGUGUUCCUGAACGACUACCCUCGCGAGGGUGCCGGUCUUGACGCGUUCGUCGAUGCAUCCGACACCGGAUACACCAUGAACGACAAGCCCAUUGAGGACGCUAUGCAUGAGUCAAAGAAGACCAUGAACGGCUUGACCAACGGCGCCGUCAAUGGCACCGCCAAGGGAGAGGCUGCUGGCCCUCCCCAGGGCUUACAGGAAGUCAUGGCUAAUGGUUAUGAGAACGGAUACAAGAACUAG